CAUCAUGCUAUGUAUCAUUUCCAGGACCGAAGUCAGUAAUAGACGGGCCACCAGCGUCUCGAUACCACAAAUAGCCGGCAUACGAUAUGUGCGUUAAUCCUGCAGCGCAGUGUUGUUGCAUUUUAGGCAGAUUACACCUAAGUGUAUCAUUAGUCAAUGACAACCGCCGAGGCAUGGAGAUUCAAGAGAAUACUACAAUCUAACAAUGAAACAAAUUGUCAUGGUCUUGGAAACCCCCUAACAACGAUAUGGCUAAUGUGAUGAAUACUGCGGGCACAUGCUGCCUGAUCUUAUCCACUUUGCUCGAAGGAAAGGUCUCUUUUCCCGGAAGUGCAGCCUACACGGCGUCCCUCGGCUCCUACUUUUCCCUGCAGCAAGCCGACGUCUUACCCAAGUGCAUCGUUGCGCCGGACACAACCGAUGAUGUCUCAACGGCCUUGCGCGUUCUCGCCAACGCCACUACCACAGCUCCUGAGUGCCUUUUUGCUAUCAGGUCCGGCGGGCACUCAAGCUAUGCUGGGGCGUCUAAUAUACAAAGUGGAGUGACAAUCGACCUGAGAGGGCUCGACAGUAUUGAGACAAGCUCGGAUAAUUCCAGUGUUUCUGUCGGCUCAGGGGCUACUUGGGGUGCCAUCUACUCUCAGCUUGAUCAUUCGAGCCUGAGUGUCGCUGGAGGCCGGUCAGCCGGCGUUGGUGUAGGCGGCCUGGUGAUUGGAGGUGGGAUCUCUUACCUUGGCCCUCGAUACGGCUGGACAUGCGAUACGGCCACGAGUUUCGAAGUGGUUCUGGCCAACGGGUCCGUUAUCACUGCUGAUGAAACUCAACACCAAGACUUGUUGUGGGCUUUGCGCGGUGGCACGAACAACUUUGGAGUGGUGACCAAGAUAAACCUGCGGACAUUUGAGCAGGCGGAAAUUUGGGGAGGCGUCGUCUACCAUGUGAUUGAUAUGGAAGACGAAGAGAUCAUUGCUCUCUCUGAAUUCAGUGCAUCCGAUACAUACGACAAGUACUCGUCGCUGAUUACCACUUUUGGAUACUCGGGGGCCCAAGGAAUGUCCGCCAUAGUCAACAAUAUGGAGUAUACGAAGGCCGUGGUAAACCCCCCAGUAUUCCAAUCACUGUCAAAUUUGUCAUCGAUAUAUAAUACUAUGCGUCUUACCAACAUGACAGACCUGUCAAUCGAGACGCAGUCGCUCCAGGAGGACGGCUUGCGACAAGCAUCUGCCACUCUCACUAUCGAGCCUACGGUUGAAGCAAUCAACGCCAGUGUACAGGCCUGGAAUACAAGUGUGCCUUCUGUGCAAGACGUUCCUGGCGUCAUCUGGAGCCUCGUCCUUGAGCCGCUUCCACCAACAUUCUAUGCUCAGCACAACCCAAAUGACAACGCGCUUGGGCUUUCAAAGAGGCACGGCAAAUCUCUCUUGGUGGUGCAGUUGAGCAUGACAUGGCUGAAUGCUGAAGACGACGAUAGGCUUGCGGCUGCGGCAAAGGCCUUGAUUGGAGACAUCGCGCAGCGCGUUGGCAAGCUGGGCGCUCUCGACCCGUUCCUAUACCUCAACUACGCUGCGCCGUGGCAGCAGCCAAUUGCAAGCUACGGAGCGGAUAACGUCAACAAGUUGAUCAAGAUACAGAAGAGAUACGACCCCGGAAAUAUUUUUACGCAUCGUGUUCCUGGGGGUUUCAAGUUACCGCGCACACCCCAGCCAGCGUAGUUAAGUAAUCUCCCAGCAUCAAUGGGGAUAUACGUCUCCGAACAUACCUAAGAUUACAGUUACCUUUACCACACCAAUAAACCACCAAUGAACAGAAGCUGCGUCAUGAAAGGUCCUCCAAUCAGGCAUAUGUCGUGUUGUAUCAGUAUAUAGAUUUUGAAACUUUUGGCCCCCUUUUUCAUACACUUAAGGCGGUCCCAAAAUGGAUAGCUAUGACCUCGCUAGAUGCACCUUGCGCCAGGGAUAUCUAAGCCGAUCCAGACUCAUUGCAUUGCGACUGCAUCGUGGAGACUUAUUCAACAGGUCAAUUGCACUCUCUCUGACAAUCAUUUUUCGAUGGCUCGGAAGUGCAGAUGGUAG